AUGCGAUCAUUCGGGGGCUCCCUGCAGCAGCAAGCCAGCAACACAGCAGCAGCAGCAGCAGCAGCGCUGCAGCAGCAACGGGCAGCAGCAAAAGCAGAUGGUUCAGCAGCAGCAACAACAACAGCAGCAACAGCGCAGACACCGACUACAGCAGCAGCAGCAGCAGCAUGCACACUAGCAGCAGCAGCAGCAGCAGCGGAAGUCAGCAGCACGAACGACAUAACCAGUAGAAGCAGCAGCAGACACGCCAGCAGCAGCAGCAGCAGCAGCAGCAGGAGAAGCAACGGCAGCAACAACAGCCACGCAAUGGCGCCGUCGAAGCAGCAAUCCAUCCUCUCCUUCUUCUCCCGGGGGCCCCCAGCUGCUGCAGCGCAGCAGCAGCACAGAAAGAGGCCCUUGCCAGUCUCACAGCAGCAGCAGCAGCAGCAGCAGCAGCAGCAGCAGCAGCUGCAGCAGCAGCAGCAGCAGCAGGAGAGUCAGCUGAAGAAGGCCAAAGUGGCCACGGGGUCGCAGCAAUCCCCCACUAAGAGGAAAGAUCAGGAGGAGAAGCAGCAGCAGCAGCAGCAGCAGCAGCAGCAGCAGCAGCAGCAAGAGCAGCAGCAGCAGCAGCAGCAGCGAGUUGAAGAUCUGGAGCUUUUUGCAGAAGGAGAAGGAGAGACAGAGCCACCAGCUGCAGCAGCAGCAGCAACAACAGCAACAGCAACAGCAGCAGCAGCAACAGCAACAGCAACAGCAGCAGCAGCAGCAACACCAGCAGCAGAUAGUGGGCCUGCUGCAGCAGACACUGCCCGGGUUGCUGUCAAAGCCUCUCCUGCAGCAGCAGCAACAGCAGCAGCAGCAGCAAAAGAUGCAGCAGCAGCUACGAAGACAACUACUGAGAAACAACCAUUGAAGAAAGCAGCAGCAGCAGCAGCAACACCGGCAGCAGCAAAAUCGGGGAAAGCUGCAGCAGCAGCAAAAGCAGCAGCAGCAGUUAAAGCAGCAGAUGAGGAACAAGAUGAAGAAGCGGAUUCCAUAUCAGUUGCAGCUGCGAGUGCCAAGGGCCGCCGCGCGUUGGCGAAGCUCGACAGCAGCAGCAGCAGCAGCAGCAGCAGCAGCAGCAGCAGCAGCAGCAGCAGCAGCAGCAAGACGGGUUCUCUGUUCGCCUGCAGAGUUGCUGAAGCAACAGCAGAUUUGUCUUCUCCUUUUUUUGACCCGGAGCUUUUCGACUUCAAAAGCAACAGCGACAGCGACGGCAACGUUUAUUUCUCGGUGUUGACGGAGGCCCUGGGCCGCAUCGAGGGUUUGAAGAACAGCGGCAGCGGCAGCAGCAAAAAGCAAACCCUCAUUCUCGCCAACGCCUUCAGGAUUCUUGUCUUCUACUGCCCCCAGGCGCUGGCAGCAGCAGUUUACUUUUGCCUGAAUCGAACAGCGCCGGACUUUCUAGAAGCAGAAGCAGGAGUUGGAGAUUCUAUUCUUUUCAAAGCUGUUGCGGAAACUUACGGAGUUUCCGACAACUCCCUCAGAAACGAACUGAAGAAAGAAGGGGACUUGGGGCUGGCAGCAGAAAAGCUGGGGGCGCGCGUGCGGCCCUUAGCUGCGCCUGCCCGGCUGUCUGUACACCGCGUGCUGCAGCGGCUGCAGCAAAUCUGCUGCUGCUGCGGUGCAGCAGCACUUUUGAAAAAGAAAGGAAUUCUUCGGGAACUUCUUGUUGCUGCUCGGGGCUCGGAAGCGAGGUUUCUUGUUCGUUUCUUUCAGCAGCGCAUGCGCGUCGGCUGCGCAGCAGCUUCCGUCCACCAGGCUUUGGCGUAUGCGUUUUGCCUCACGCACAACGCGCGGGGGGGGUUUGGGGCCAUAGGGGACAUAAGGACUUUUAGGGGCAGCGAGGAGGCUUAUCUUGCUGCAGACUUGGCUGCUGAGCUGCAGCAGCAGCAGCAGCAAGCAGCAGCAGCAGCAGCAGCAGCAGCAGCAGCGGGCGGCCGCAAAACCUCGCUGCUGCCCGCCACCUGGGCAGCAGCAGACCUCGAGCUGCUGCUGUCGAACUUCGAAGCAGCAGUAAGGCAGGCGCUGUGCGAGCUGCCGUUUCUGGAGCUGCUGCUGCAGCAGCUGCUGCGGGGAGCAGCAGCAGCAACGCUGCAGCAGCUCUGCUGCUGCACCCCGGGGGUCCCGCUGCUGCCGAUGCUGGCGCGCCCCACACGCGGCUUUUCUGAGGUGUCUGUACACCUCAAGGGCGCGGACUUCACUUGCGAAUACAAAUAUGACGGAGAGAGAAUUCAGAUCCACGUGCUGCAGCAGCAGGACUACGAGAAGCUGCAGCAGCUCAUCCGGAGCCACACCAGCAGCAGCAGCAGCAGCAGCAGCAGCAGCAGCAGCAGCGGCGGCGGCGCGCGGCCCAAGCC